AGAUAUUGCCUUAUGCACAAUGCUUGAAACCAAAGAAAGUCGCAAGGAUAAGACAAAUACCAUUCGUCUGCCACUGGAAUCUUUGAGAAAUACAGAAUCGGACAGUUUUGUGCCACACAAUGAAAAUCGUAGAUGGCCAAAUAAUUUGAUGCAAGGAUCCCGUAUUCAACCAAGGCAUUCAUAUUCCUCUGAUUGGCAGACGCAGUGUAGAAGAGAGGAUCAGCCUACUGGUAGAAUCCCAGCUCCGCCCCCCGUUCCUUACCCAUGGCGAUCUGGUUCCAGUAGAAAUGUAGCCCCGAGUCCUUUCCAGCCAGUGGAGAAACCUACUACACAUUCAGAGUCUCCCACAGAACUCUUCAAACCUCCGCCUAUUGCUCUCUCCGAAUGGAACCGACUUUAUGGAUUUCCAGGGACCCGUGUCCCUGACAAAGAACUGGAUGGUUUUAUACGCCCUAGCUCUGUGAAGAAAGUAGUGGCUAAUAUCCGAAAGUCAGACCAAUUUUCCAAAUCGCAAGCUAGAUCUCCUGAAGAAAUGAACAGAAACCAGAGUCUAAGAGAAACAAAUAAAAGUCCUGAAAUUCGGUACGCCAUGUCCACGAAUUGCAUAUAUGAAGCAGAUUCAACAAAAAUGAGGAAGAUCUUUCCAAACACAUCCGACCCCUCCAUGUAUCGUGUCCCGAGUCCAUCAUUAUUGAAAUCUCCAGGAGAAGAUUUGGCAUCCUUACAUUCGUCCAGUGAUCACACAAUAGUUGGACAUCAGAGUAUCACAACAGACGAUACCUUAACCGAGGAGAGAUUGGCUGCGUUAAAUGAUAGCGGAGACCUGCCAUGUUCAUCCGGUUCUCACUAUGCUCCUCCACAAGUCAGGGGCAGUGUGGCAUCUUCUUCCGGUUCUGUUUGUACUGCUCAACUUGUCAGUAACCGACGUUAUGGAUUUCCAGGGACCCGUGUCCCUGACAAAGAGAUCGGAGACUUUAUACGCCCUAGCUCAGUGAAGAAAGUAGUGGCUAAUAUCCGGAAUUCAGACCAAUUUUCCAAAUCGCAAGCUAGAUCUCCUGAAGAAAUGAAUAAAAACCAGAGUGUAAGAGAAACAAAUAAAAGUCCUGAAAUUCGGUACGCCAUGUCCACAAAUUGCAUAUAUGAAGCAGAUUCAACAAAAAUGAGGAAGAUCUUUCCAAACACAUCCGACCCCUCCAUGUAUCAUGUCCUGAGUCCAUCAUUAUUGAAAUCUCCAGGAGAAGAUUUGGCAUCCUUACAUUCGUCCAGUGAUCACACAAUAGUUGGACAUCAGAGUAUCACAACAGAUGAGACCUUAACCGAGGAGAGAUUGGCUGCGUUGAAUGACAGCGGAGACCUGCCAUGUUCUUCCGGUUCUCAAUUUGCUCCUCCACAAGUCAGGGGGAGUCUGGCAUCUUCUUCCGGUUCUGUUUGUACUGCUCAACUUGUCAGUAGGAGCCCAACUUCAGAUGACAGCUUUUACAUUGCACCUCAAAGUGACAAUUAUUAUGCUCCUCACCCAAACACAAGGGUGUAUACUAGUGACUCUUGGUCAACUAAUUCCUACGAGUCGGCAAUCAACGAACCUAUUAGCACAUCUACCCGAAAAUCAUCUCCGGCCAGUGACGGGAGCACUUCCGUUACAUCAUCUACAAGUAAAUUAUUUCCUGUCAGUGAUGGGCGUAGUUCCGGUACAUCAUCUACCCGUAAAUCGUCUCCGGGCAGUGAUGGGCGCGCUUCGGGUAAUUUAUCCACCCAAUCUUCACAAUACCUUAUAAACAAUGACGCCAUGAUGAGAAAAAAAUUUCUGCCUCCGUUUCCAAACGAAUCCCAUGGCUAUUUCGACAAGAUGCAAAAUGAAACACUUGAUCAAAGGAUGCACUUUGCAGAAAUUGGUUCUUACUACAAAAAAUGUUACGAUCAUGGCAAGAUUUAUGACGUCCGGUUCUGUUUGGAUGAUGACGUUCUAUAUGCUCAUCGCGGUGCGUUGUGCACUGUGAGUCCUUACUUCGAAUCCAUUUUCAUUGAAAAUAGCAGCAUCAGAUCUAAAGCUAUGGCAGACAUCCGUCUUAGAGGUUUAUCAAUACAGUCAUUACAAUCAUUCCUAAAUUUCGUUUACACUGGACAAUUAGAAAUAACCUCAUCAACUAUUCUGGACUUGAUAAAAAUCUCUAUGCAGUUCCAAAUACCACUAAUCAGAGAAAGAUGCCUCAGACAGUUAAAAACCCUCCCACACGAUGAUAUAGUUAAGUUACUGGUGGCGGUGAGGAAGGAUACGGUGCAUGAUUUCAUUACACCCAUACUACGAUGUAUUUCUAAGAGGUUUCUGGACAUCUCUGAGUGCAAGUCGUUCCUGGAACUAGACGUUGGAACCUUAUGCGUUAUUCUAACUUACGAUGAAUUGGUUACUUCAUCUGAAAUGGAAGUUUUCUGCGCCGGCUUAAAGUGGAUUAAUGCAUGUCCAGAUGAGCGUGAGCAGUACCUUGAAACAGUUAUGAAAUGUGUCCGGUUCCCUUUGAUGCCUCAACAAGACUUAGUUCAGUGCAUAGACAGAUGCAGUCUUCUGACAGCCAAUGAGAAUUGCCUUAACAUGAUAUACAAGGCCAACUGGAUUAGAACUGUGAUGGAACUGAAUAGACAAGAUCCCUUAAACCUGAAUAUACCAGACUCAAGGUACCUUACUGGGCACGAAAAUUCCAACAACAGCACUAACCAUUUCAAUAAUAACGCCACUCCGGUAAACAUGUUGGACAUCUCAUUCGGAAGUAUCGAAAGUUUCCAUAAUGACUCCAUGUACACGGAGAGUUUUACCGGAAGUAGGCAAUCGUUUGGACAACCCUCUCCACCACAAGAUGGGAAUUUUGGUAAGAAGCACAACACUAACCAAAUACCCAAACCGGACCUGAAUGAAAACUCUUCCAUGAUUGUAUUGGACCAGAAGUUAUACGUGAUAGGAGGAUUGCGCUAUAGUGACGACAAUCCACUUCCCCGAAGAGAUGUUUGGGUUUACUCUCCGGAGCGUAGCUGGCGGAAACUGACGUCACUGAGAACUGCCCGGAUGCACCACGCACUCUGCGUGUUUGAUGGUUGCAUUUACGCCAUCGGUGGUCUUGGAAGAAACGGCAGAAUUCUGAAGUCAGUGGAGUGUUAUAAUCCAUCCACAAACAGCUGGCAUUUCGUGAAGUCUCUGUCGACACCACGUGCUGGAGCUUGUGCCGCAGAGCUGAAUGGAAAGAUAUUCGUUGCUGGGGGCUUUGGAUACUCCCCGAAUGGAAAUUCUACUAUCCUUGAUAGUGUUGAAUGUUACCAGCCAAGCACUGACAGAUGGAUUGCAAAGGGUACCCUUAGAUAUGGUCGUUGUCAUGCCACAAUGACUUGCAUUGAAAAUGGUCUGUACCUAAGUGGAGGGUUGGCUUUUGAUCAAAAUUCAUCAGUAGCGUCAAGUGUACAGGAUGUUGACUUGUAUGAUGCAAACACAGAUUCCUGGAUGUUGCGUACCUACUUGGAUAAAGCGCGUCAUUGUGCUGCCUCUUUUGCUUCAGGUAAUAAAUUGUAUUUGAUUGGCGGAUUAUCGACCAAUCAACGGGAAAAUCUGCACGAUGAUAUAGAGUGUUGGGAUGUACAGAGGAAUGCAUGGCUCUCUACUUUUAAGCUGCCAACUGAAGUUCAGUGGAUGAAGGGCCUGGCUUAAACCUAUAAUUUGGAGCCAUUAAAAUUUAAGCCUGAUCUCGUAUUUCAAAGACUAAAGGAUGUUUCAAGAUUUUGUUUUUUAAAGUUUUUGGAGAUUAUUACAUUUUAUUGUUUAUCUUUAAUAUUUUAAGUGUCACAAAUGUUUAAAGUCUUUCAAUUUUAAUUUGAGAUAUUAUUAUUUAUUUAUCUUAUUUUUAUUAAGAUUAAUAAAUCUUUCAAGUCU